UCUGCCACCGUCUUAAAAGGGAUUCUAAAGGGAUUUUCUUUCCCUUGUUCCUCCAGCCCUACACUUGCGUUACUGGUCUAAGUGGAUACUCACCAGCUGGCCGUGUCCAUCAUUACAGCCAAGUCUGAGAAUUCCUGAUUAUACUUAGAGCCUGGGGAGCUGCUGACACAAACAGUCAUUAGCAGACGACCCUUUUGUAACAAACUAUGCUUUAAAAUGUAAACUGCGGGGCAUUUUCCUUGCAUUGUCCAGAAGGAACUUUCUCCUGCCUGAGCCUGGAUUAAUCAUGAGAGAGCUCGUCAACAUUCCACUGGUACACAUUCUUACCUUGGUUGCCUUCAGCGGGACUGAGAAACUUCCAAAAGCUCCUAUCAUCACUACUCCUCUCGAGACCGUGGAUGCCUUAGUUGAAGAAGUGGCUACUUUCAUGUGUGCGGUGGAAUCCUAUCCCCAGCCUGAAAUUUCCUGGACUAGAAAUAAAAUUCUCAUUAAGCUCUUUGACACCCGGUACAGCAUUCGAGAGAACGGGCAGCUGCUCACCAUCCUGAGUGUGGAAGACAGUGAUGAUGGCAUUUACUGCUGCAUAGCCAACAAUGGCGUGGGAGGCGCUGCCGAGAGCUGCGGGGCCCUGCAAGUGAAGAUGAAACCUAAAAUAACUCGUCCUCCUAUAAAUGUAAAAAUAAUAGAAGGAUUAAAGGCAGUUCUACCUUGUACUACGAUGGGCAAUCCCAAACCAUCAGUGUCAUGGAUUAAGGGAGACAGCGCUCUCAGGGAAAAUUCGCGCAUUGCAGUUCUUGAAUCUGGGAGUUUAAGGAUUCAUAAUGUGCAAAAGGAAGAUGCAGGACAUUAUCGCUGUGUGGCCAAAAACAGCCUCGGGACGGCCUAUUCCAAAUUGGUGAAGCUGGAAGUUGAGGCUCUUAAUAUGACCAAUGCCACAGAGAGAGAAGAAAGUGAACCUGAGCAAGAUAAUAAAGUUUUUGCAAGAAUUCUGCGGGCUCCUGAAUCCCACAAUGUCACAUUUGGCUCCUUUGUGACCCUGCGUUGUACAGCAAUAGGCAUCCCUGUCCCCACCAUCACCUGGAUUGAAAAUGGAAAUGCUGUUUCUUCUGGAUCCAUUCAAGAAAGUGUGAAAGACCGAGUGAUUGACUCAAGACUGCAGCUGUUUAUCACCAAGCCAGGACUCUACACGUGCAUAGCUACCAAUAAGCACGGAGAGAAAUUCAGUACUGCAAAGGCCGCGGCCACUGUCAGUAUAGCAGAAUGGAGUCAACCCCGAAAAGGUAACAAAGGCUUCUGCACCCAGUACAGAGGGGAGGUGUGCAGUGCGGUCCUGGCAAAGGAUGCCCUUGUUUUCUUCAACGACUCCUACGUGGACCCCGAGGAGGCCCAAGAACUCCUGGUCCGCACAGCUUGGAAUGAACUGAAAGCACUGAGCCCGCUCUGCAAGCCAGCUGCUGAGGCUUUGCUGUGUAACCACAUCUUCCAAGAAUGCAGCCCUGGGGUGGGACCGACUCCUGUACCUAUUUGCAGAGAAUACUGCCUGGCGGUGAAGGAGCUCUUCUGCACGCAAGAAUGGCUGGCGCUGGAAGAAAAGGCCCGCAGAGGGCUCUCCAGAUCCGGGAUGCGUCUGCACUCUGUUCCCGAAUGCAGCAAGCUCCCCAGCAUGCACUGGGGCCCGCAGGCGUGUACCAGACUGCCAUACUUAGCAUUCCCACCAAUGACAUCCUCAAAGCCAAGUGUGGACAUUCCAAAUCUGCCUUCCUCUUCCUCCUCCUCCUUCUCUGUCUCACCUACGUACUCCAUGACUGUAAUAAUCUCCAUCAUGUCCAGCUUUGCGGUAUUUGCACUGCUUACCAUAACUACCCUUUAUUGCUGCCGAAGACGAAAACAAUGGAAGAAUAAGAAAAGAGAAUCAGUGGCCGUGACCCUCACUACUCUUCCUUCUGAGCUCCUGCUGGACAGACUCCAUCCCAACCCCAUGUACCAGAGGAUGCCACUCCUUCUGAAUCCCAAACUGCUCAGUCUAGAGUAUCCGAGGAAUAAUAUUGAAUAUGUGAGGGAUAUUGGAGAAGGAGCAUUUGGAAGGGUCUUUCAAGCAAGGGCUCCAGGCUUACUCCCCUAUGAACCUUUCACUAUGGUGGCAGUGAAGAUGCUCAAAGAAGAAGCUUCGGCAGAUAUGCAAGCUGACUUUCAGAGGGAAGCUGCACUCAUGGCAGAAUUUGACAAUCCGAAUAUUGUGAAACUCUUAGGCGUGUGUGCGGUGGGGAAGCCCAUGUGCCUGCUCUUCGAAUACAUGGCCUAUGGCGACCUCAACGAGUUCCUCCGCAGCAUGUCUCCUCACAGCGCGUGCAGCCUCAGCCGCAGCGACCUGUCCGGGAGGGCUCGGGUCUCCAGCCCCGGGCCCCCGCCCCUCUCCUGUGCUGAGCAGCUCUGCAUAGCCAGGCAGGUGGCGGCUGGCAUGGCCUACCUCUCGGAGCGCAAGUUCGUCCACCGGGAUUUAGCCACCAGGAACUGCCUGGUGGGUGAGAACAUGGUGGUGAAAAUUGCCGACUUUGGCCUCUCUAGGAACAUCUACUCGGCGGACUACUACAAAGCUAACGAGAAUGAUGCUAUCCCGAUUCGCUGGAUGCCGCCCGAGUCCAUUUUCUUCAACCGCUACACCACGGAGUCCGAUGUGUGGGCCUACGGUGUGGUCCUGUGGGAGAUCUUUUCCUACGGCCUGCAGCCCUACUAUGGGAUGGCGCACGAGGAGGUCAUUUACUAUGUGAGAGACGGCAAUAUCCUCUCCUGCCCCGAGAACUGUCCCCUGGAGCUGUACAAUCUAAUGCGCCUGUGUUGGAGCAGGCUGCCUGCGGACAGACCCAGUUUCGCCAGUAUUCACCGAAUUCUGGAACGCAUGUGUGAGAGGGCAGAUGGAACUGUGAGCGUCUAAGGUUGAAGAGAUGCAAAUAAAAUGCUGCCAUUUCCUCUCAGACUCUGUGAGCCAGAGGACUCCAAUGCCAGGGGCCCAACAAGAGCUAGAUAAGGCCCCAGCUGGUGUGGCUUAGUGGUUGAGUGUCUGCCUGCAAACCAAAGGGUCGUGGGUUGGAUUCCCAAUCAGGGCACAUGCCUGGGUUGCAGGCCAGGUCCCCAGGAGGGGGUACACAAGAGGAAACCUCACAUUAAUGUCUCUCUUCCUCUUUCUUCCUCCCUCCCUUCCCCUCUCAAAUAAAUAAAGUCUUUUAAAAAAAUAGAUAGAAAAGAAUAAUAGCAGACAGGAGUAGUAUGUUAUUUGUUUCCAGGGUAAAACAAAGACAGUGCAGAGUAGACCAACCUAUAGAAAGUGAGGCAACUUAUUGAAAGUUAGUGAGUAGAAACCUCAGGCUAAGAGGAGCACUGCAGAUAACCAGAGAUAAGCCCUCUUCCUGAUGAGGGAAGUUUGUAUUACAUAUUGUGCAGGAAAGAAUGUCAUCUGUUCCAUUCCUGAACCAGCUGGCAGCAGAGGAAGACUCUGCUGUAUUAAGUUUUAAUAUGAAAUGUGAUACGGAGCUUCAUUUUAAUAGAGUUCAUUCCUGUCCAGUAUGAAAGUAACAUAGCUUCAUGUAAGAAUUUAAGUAAAACACAGAAUACUAAAAAGAAAGAGAAGCCAUUCAUUGUCUUCCCACCCAAAGAUGGAUGUUGAAGGGUUUUUUUUCAUUGAAUUUCUUCCUUGCAUUUAAAGGAUACUUUCGUAUUUGUCUAUAAUCUGCAGAGUUGUGGUUUUACUGGGAAAGACAAUGGUAAGUCAACAAGACUUCAUGCUUACUGGGACCUCUAGUUCCCUUUUCUGCUUUGUGCUUCUGUUUUCCUUUGUGCGCACUGGCAAUGAAUUUAAUCUGCUUAUGUUAUUCCUAAAGUUUUUCUUAAAGAUUUUGUGUCUUAUGAAUUUAUCUUUUCCUUUGAAAUUUUUAUUGGUACCUUUUUCUUUGCCUUAUACUUUUUUUUUCUCUUUCUAAGAACUUCUGUCCUUUUUCAGUUAUUUAGCUAUUUUUUUUCCUUUUAUUUCACAUGUGAAAACAAGCACUCUGGCCAAAAUAACUUUCAAAAUAUCAUUUCAAAAUUUUCCUGUGGACUGAUAUUAUACACCUUUUGCAAAAUAUUACCAUUUGUUCUGUGUUUACUUUUUGAGGCCAUGUAUUUUAAUUUGCCAUUCAUUAAUCUUAUUGUCAUAGUCUGUUAAAUCUCAUAAACCUCUGCUUAUAAUAAGGGAUUUCACAAGAUGCUCUUACGGCUAUGAGUUAUUUCAAACAUGAUGUUUUAGGGCCUUCUGACAUUUUUUCCUUUUAGAAACCAAUUUAAUAGGCAGUACAAUCAAGAUAGUGUUGCUUACCAACUUUCUGCAUGGUAACCUAUCAUUUUCCUUUUUAGGAUUCUUUUUUAAAAUGCUCUGGAACUCAGAUUCCUGGCACACUAGAUUUCUCGGUGGAGCUCCACCCAGGGCGUCUCUGUCCAAGGCCAACAUGAAUGAUAUGAGUAAGAACGCAAAUUAUCCUGCAAAGCAAAUAAACAGGGAAGAGAAGAUAGCAGUCUACACUCUACCUGCUUACUUUAAGUCAAACUAAUUGGUGGUUAGGCACUGGAAAAAUGGGCUGAGCUCUUGAAAACAGACUUUCAAUGGGCUGCCAGAAGGCUCCACCUGAAAUCUCCAAAUCCACCUUCAUGCAACAACUUGCCGUCUUUUCUGUAAACCCUCCCAUGUCCUAUUCAUAAUCAGUCCAGACAAAAACAUAGACAUUACCCAGGCUUUGUCCUCUCCUUCACCCCGAUAUUCUAUCAGCGUUACUUUCUAACACUCUCCUGCUCACAUUCCCUCCUCUUCAACUUGACUGCUAGGUACACCGUGGCUAUCACUGCCUGGCUGUCUAUUAUCUCAUUUCCCUCCCUUCUUAGUCCAGAGCUGAAUUCCAUGGGCUAUGGCAAUGGAAGGAUGUGCUUAUUCAUGGUUCUGAUUUAUAAAAAGGGAAAUUGGAAGUUAGGAUUGAGACAUAACUAAAGAGGUGCUUUCCACAAAAUUCCUGAUUGUAAGUUCAAAUCAAGACAGUCUUUCAAAGGACUAGAUGAAGAGUAAGGUUGCAGCAUGAGUCCAAAACAGAAAGCCAAGAGUCCAUGAAAAUGGAGAAAUUAGAGCGGGCCACCUGCAAGUCCAGAGCUUUCGUGUGGAUAUCCCUGGCUAUUAUAAAAGGUCACACAUGCUCUGCAGACUUCAAAGAUGUCUUCAGGUUUUGUCAGCUGAGAUAAUUUUAUCAUAUUGGAAAGACAUGGAAGUCCGGCCAGUGGGAAAAGCUAACCCACAGCAGAGCAGGUCUGGACAGUUACUCAGGGUACCUACCAGGUGGCUGGUGCUGCAGGGGGCACAGUGGCCCUCAGAACUGGGCUUCUGCAGCCUGUGUUCUAUUGUUUGCCACGGUGACCUAGUCGGCUUCCCUCCCCACUGCUGCAUGAGACCCUAGGCUUUCCUGUCUCUUUCUCGUGGCUUCUACAGCCUCACCCGUUUUUCGUCUGUGUGCGUGUUCUGAUAUUCAAGAAAGCAAUGCAAAAAAAAUCAUAGAAAUAUGGGAAAGUACAGUGAGUGAGUGAGCAACUAAAUAUUAUGUGACCCUUCAAGUUUUUAAAAUAUGUAUAGCAACUGACAUCUGAACUAACGAGUGCAGCUCCCACUAUAGUAAUAGUUAUUAAAAACAAUACUACUGGAUAGCAUUUAUUGAAUGCUUACCAUGUGUGCUCUAAGGACUCUAAAUACAUUCAUUUAAAUCACACAGCAUCCCUGUGUUCUUGGUGAGCACAGAGAGACUGUGUAACUGGCCCAAGCACACAGAGCAACAGCCGAGUUUAUGACCAAAAGAGCCGGUGCUCUCACCCACGGUACUGGGUGCUUCUGUUCAUUGCAGAGGGAACAAUUGAACCACCGGGACUGGAUGGAGGUGAUUUGUAAUUGCAUGUGGUUUCAGAGCACACACUAUACCCCUCGUAUUAUUCAUUUCAUAUCUAAGUGUUUUUAUUGAAUAGCACAAUAAUGUGGUGUAGCAUUAUCAAUUUAAUCAGAAAGUCAAGCAGAUGGCGUGUUUAUCUUUUUGUUACCUCCAAAUAUAUUUUCAAGUUCUGUUAAGAUCGCUCUCAUUUUAUUAGCGCUCCUCCCCAGAUUCUGUAUUUGAGGAACAUUGACCCAUUAUUUACCAGUAUUGUUUUCUUUUCAAGUAAUGAUUUUUCCCAUUUUAUAUCAUUGUACACAUUCAAAAAGAGAGCUGAGAGAGAGACACACACAGUGCCAGGCUGAUAACAAGGGUCAGUCAGAACAGGCACCAGUGAGAUACGCGUCACCGUAAGCGGUCAAAGGUCAAGCAUGGCAAGAGUGCCAGUGUGUAUCACAUGGCACGGAAGAUACAGACAAAAUUUCUUCUGGGGGUUGUGAUGGAGCAGAAAGAGAACACUUCUUCUCACUUCAGAGUCUAUUAUGAACCUAUUCCAUGUCAUGAAAUAGUCUUUGAAAAGCCCAAUUUGACUUUUGAAUGAUAUUCC